AUGUCUAUGUUGGGACGGACUGGAACUACCGUUAGAAAGAACCGGCGACGUUCUUCCAGCAAUUCAAGGACUAGUACCUCCUCGGGAACUAGGCGUGGCUCGGCACCUACUGUUCUGGUGCCAACUCAAGGCCAAUGUCCAAAAUUAGCCGUAGAUGCCGUUACUCCGCAGCGUCAUUCUUUGACUACCAGUGUUGCGCCUUCUAGUAUUAAAAGUGUGUCUUUUUGCCUUGAAGGAAAUGACGAUGAAAAGACUUGCAUUCAAAAGUCUGUGUGGCACCAAACCUGUGGAUGCUUGAAAAAUAGGUAUCAUUAUAAUGUGACUACUACUGAGUUAGUUGUUCUGAAAUUAAUCUGGAUGUUUAUGUCCAACUGUUUAGAUAACUAUAAAGUAAAUAAAGUACCUAGAGAAUAUUGA